AUGAAGUUGAAACAUUUGCAGUCGUUGACACAGCAGACGGAGGAUGGUCCAUUCCAAGUGUUGGCAGCCACGUGGUCGCCAAACAACCAAAAACUGGCGGUGUGCAACAACGACAGGGUGGUGUUGCUGUUCGACGAGGCUGGCGUGAAAAGGGACAAGUUUCCCACUAAGCCCUCCGAGCACGGGGCCGGCCGAAAAAGUUACACGGUAAAAGGUUUGGCAUUUUCUCCUGAUUCUACGAGAAUAGCCGUGGGACAGACCGACAACAUGGUGUUCGUGUACAAAAUCGGCGACAGUUGGGGAGCCAAAAAGGUGAUAUGCAAUAAAUUCGGCACACAGUCUCCGGUGACCUGCAUGCUGUGGAUGUCUGAGGGGCCGAUAAUUUACGGGCAAUUAGACGGCAAGAUACGGGCUGCCCACUACAAAUCCAAUAAAUCUCAGACCCUUUACGCCACUGGUUCGUACGUCGUGUCGCUGGCCUCCAAGUAA